AUGUUUAAUAAGAUAUUUGGUAAAAAAUCAGAUUCAAUUAUAGAAGAGCAAAUUAAAGAUCAAGGAUUUGAAAUUAGUACGUGUCCUGAAACCUGUGAUGCUUGUAUUACAAAUUUUCCAAAAUCUUUAAAAUUUGAAGAAGAUGAACCUUUAUACAAUUCUACAAAACCAUUCGGAUUACAUUUAUUGAUAUCAACUGGUAAAACUGAUUGGCCUCAUGAUGCAACAGGAACACCAAAUACAUUAUCAAAUGCAAUUGCAGAUUGGGCUUCCAAGAAAAAAUCUAAAUUGGGAAAUAUUAAAGUUACUGUCUCAUCUUUGGGAUCAGAUGAAUUAUUAAUUGAUGAUGAGUAUAUAAACGGUAAAAUGGGAGAUGUAUUAAUAAUGCCUUAUUUUUUAUGGAUCAAAAAGGUCAAAAUUGAAGAUGUUGCUGAAAUUUUUGAUAAAUUAAAUCAAUAUCUAGAAAAUCACACACCAGUAGAUGAUAUAGAAAUUCCGAACUGUUCGAUUGACAAUAACUCAAGUUAUAUCUUUCUAUGUUCUCAUAAGACUAGAGACAAAAAAUGUGGAAUAACUGCUCCAAUUAUGAAGAAAGAGAUGGAUUUAUAUCUUAGAGAAUUGGAGUUGUAUCGAGAUUUUGGUGAUAAUAGACCUAAUGGUGUACAAGUUGCAUUUUUAAAUCAUAUUGGUGGUCAUAAAUUUGCUGCUAAUGUAAUAAUUUAUAAUAAAGAAUCAAUGAAAAAUAUUUGGUUAGCUUUAUGUAGACCAAAUAAUGUGAAACCAAUUAUAGAUGAAUGUGUUUUACAAAAUAGAGUAUUUCCAAAUAAAGUUAGAAUUGUACAAAAUUUCAAUUGGUAA